GUUGCGACGCUGCGCAGGACAUUGAAUCAGCCCUAGGGCGCCGAAUCUCUACCUUGUUUAUCGCGUCUGCGUUGGGAGUUCCGCUCGGUCACCCUUCGGCUAAAGGCCAAUAAAUGUAAUAUGCUUGGAUGUCAACGACUUUUACAUCCUCUUCGACCAUUUCUGUUGAAUGGAGCAAUCGGUAGGUAUUCGCUACAACGGCUCGCUGUUCACGAUCUAAUAUUGUCACGGAUAAAUGCAGUCAGUUCUCGAUCUAGAGAUGUAUUUCGUACUGCUUCAAGUUCAUUCGAUCCUAAUAUAUCUGCAGCUGAAAAAAUGUUAUCACCGUCCGAAAGUGGACGAUACAAGAUGAUGACUAUUCCUAAUGCCUUAUGCCUAGUGAGAAUAGCCGCUACUCCUGUUGUCGGGUACUUAGUUGUGCAGCAUCAUUUUCCUCUUGCCUUUGGUUUAUUUGUCGCCGCAGGAUUCACAGAUAUGUUGGAUGGACUCAUUGCUCGUAAUCUUCCCGGGCAGAAGUCUCUACUCGGCUCGGUACUAGAUCCAAUCGCCGACAAAUUUUUGGUCAGUGUGAUGUUCAUCACGAUGAGUUGUGCAAACCUGAUUCCAUGGCCGCUCACCGCAGUUGUACUGCUGCGAGACGUAUGUUUGCUUCUUGGGGGAUUUUACAAGAGGUACCGGUCACUAGAGCCUCCGGUGACUUUGCGGCGGUACUUCAACCCAGAAGUGUCCUCUAUGCAAGUUGUUCCUACCCUGAUAGGCAAGUUGAAUACUGUCUUGGAAUUGUCAGUGGUAGCAGGCUCCUUAGCCAUACCUGUUUUCGGUUUGAGCGAACCGUACACACAGUUGGCUUACGGAUUAUGUUGGGUCACGGCAUUUACCACCAUCUAUUCCGGUCUGCAGUAUGCCAGUGGUCAAGCGCUACGUAAAAUCUAACUCAUCUUCAGUUGUCAUACUUUCUUACAUUCGUACUUUCUCUUAAUAACAUGACGAGUUCCUGUAUAAUCUCCAUAAAUAAAUCAUGUCUGGUUAA